AUGUCCACAUAUGCAAGGAUAUGCAAUGCCUUACAUGGGUUGAAACCAACCCUGUUGAUGAUAUUGGCACAAACUAUAAUUGCUUGCUUAAAUGUUGUCUAUAAACUGGCAUCCAAUGAUGGCAUGAACUUGCAGAUUUUGGUGGGCUAUCGGUUUCUGUUUGGCGCAGCUUUUAUUGUUCCUAUUGCAUUCUUUUACGAAAGAAAAAAGAGGCCAAAGUUAACAUGGAUGGUGCUCUUCCAAGCAUUUCUUUGUGGUAUAUUUGGAGGGGCAUUGGGGCAAAAUCUUUACUUAAAAAGAGUAGGGGCACACCCCGUUUUAGAAAUGAAUUUUUCUUUAUCAUUGACGUCCGCCACUUUCGCCUCAGCCACGACCAAUCUCAUUCCUGCCAUUACAUUCGUCAUCGCCGUUUGCAUAAGGUUGGAAAAGCUGGGAUGGCAUACGAAGGCAGGUAAAGCAAAGGUGUUUGGAACAUUACUGGGAAUUGGUGGGGCGAUGCUUCUCACAUUCUACAAAGGGCCUGAUAUCAAUAUAUGGAAGACACAUAUAAAUCUUUUACUGACAACUACAAGUCAUCCUAAGACUGUACAAACACAAAGUUCACAAGGUGGCCAUUUUCUGUUGGGUUCUCUUUUAUCUUUGGCAAGUUGUGUUUGUUAUUCGCUCUGGUUGAUUAUUCAGGCCAAGGCAGCUGAGCGGUAUCCAUGCCCUUACUCUUUUACUGCUUUGAUGACCGUAAUGGCAGCGGUUCAAGGCGUUGGAUUUGCACUGUGUAUGGAGAGAGAUUGGAGCCAAUGGAAGUUGGGAUGGAACAUUAGACUCCUAGCAGUAGUUUUCGCAGGUAUUUUUGGUUCUGGAGUAAUGUUUACCUUAGUUGCUUGGUGUGUGCGUAUGAGAGGUCCACUCUUUGUAUCAGUAUUCAAUCCCCUUAUGCUUCUGCUGGUAGCCUUGGCGGGAUCUUUGCUAUUGAACGAGAAGCUGCACUUGGGAACGGUGCUCGGAGCUAUUUUAAUCGUUUUUGGACUGUACAUUGUAUUAUGGGGAAAAGGCAAAGAAUUAAAGAGGGUGUCACAGUUGAUGCCAGAAAAAAGCUCCGGAGAUCAAGUAAGACAAGUUGAGAUUGACAUCACACCUUCGACGCCAAAUAAUGGCAGUAGUCAUGGUGGCAGAAGUAGUGGCAGUGGUGGAAAAGAAAUCUCCGAGGAAAAAGAACAAGAAGAAGAAGAGAUGGGGCAUUCUCGGACAAGUUCAGAUUUUUUAGCGGGUCUUUACAUUUAUGCAUAG